AUGUUUAUAACUUGGUUGUUUAUACUAAUAUAGAUAACAAAUACAGAGAAUUCAUAUUGUUAAUGUGAUAAUGGAAUAGAAAAUGGAUUAUAUUGUUUUUAGACAAUAUAAAAUUGUUUAGAUUGUGGGAAUUAUGUUGUGAAUGAAAAAGAUAUAUGUACAAGUGUAACAAGUUGUGAUUAAUCAAUAUAAUAAUAAAAAGAUUGUAAAACAUGUUUUGAUAAUUAUUUAUUAUCAAAUGGGAAAUGUUGGUAAAAAAUAUUAUAUUGUGCAAUAUAAUUAGAUAGUAUAUGUUAAAAAUGUUAAGAUAAAUAUUUAUUGAAAAACUAAGAUGAUAAAAUUUAGAUUUGUAUUAAUAGCAAUGAAAUAUUGAAUUGUAAAUAUUAUUAAUAAAAUGGAAAAUGUAAUAAAUGUGAUAACAAUUAUCAUGUAUCUAUAAAUGCAACUUUAUGUUAUUAAGAUAUUAAAUAUUGUGAAAUACAUUAAGAUGAUAAAUGUUAAAAUUGUAUUACUGGAUAUUCCAAACAUACAAAUUCUACAUUUUGUUUUCCUGAUAUUUUGAAUUGUUAAAUUGGAUCAACAUUUUAUAUAGAUGAAACAUAAAAGACAUAUUGUAAUAAAUGUAAUGAUGGUUAUUAAUCUACUGAAAAUAAAUUAUGUUCAUUAGAUGAUAAGAAUUGUCUAUUAUUUAAUUAAGAUUUAACAAUAUGUUUAAAAUGCAUUAAUGAUUAUAUAUUAAUUGGUAAAAAGUGUGAAAAUUGUCCAAUUAAAUAUUGUAGUACUUGUGGAGAUUCAUAAAUCUUUAAGAAAAUUUGUUCAUAAUGUUAAACAGGUUAUGUAAAAGGAUCAAAUGCUUUAUCCUGUAUAGGUUAAUGUGAAAGUUAAACUUCUACAAUGACAAAUUGUGUUACUUGUUCAAAUUAAACAUGUACAAAAUGUUCAGAUGGAUAUUUUAUUAAUCCUUAAGGAAAAUGUACUUCUUGUUCUGCUAAAUAUGCAAGUUGUGAAUUAUGCAUUAUUAAUAAAUGUACAAGUUGUUCAAAUAAUUAUUAUUAUGAUAAUAGUAAAUAAUAUUGUUAUUUAUGUUCAACUUUCAAUACUGGUUGUUAAACUUGUUUAAAUACAUUAUCAACAGGUACCACUAAUAAUAUUAUAUGUUAAAAAUGUGAACCUGGAUAUAUAUUAACUAGUACAUAAUAAUGUAUGAAAUGUGGUUAAUUAUUUGAAAAUUGUGAUACUUGCAUUAAUUUAGGAAAUAGUUUUUAAUGUAAUACAUGUUUACCAGGUUACUUAAAAUUGACUGAUACAACAUAAGGUUCUGUUAAUCCUAUAUUUUAUUGUUUAGAUUGUUCUGGAUCUAUUAUUAAUUUAUUAAAUUGUUAUAAAUGUGAAUUAUAAUCUGAUACUACAACAAUCAAUCAAUAUAAUUGUAAAUUAUGUAAAGAUGGCUAUUAUCUAGAAGAAUAAAAUUGUCUCUAAUGUCCACCAACUUGUACACAAUGUACUGCACUUAAUACUUGUACAAAAUGUUAAACUUCACUUAUUCUAUAUAAUGGUUAAUGUACAUCAGAAACAACUGGAUUUUAAUUAACAUCUUCAACUAAUUCAAAUGAUGCAUUAGCUUAUGGUAAUAUUCUUAUCUCCAAAUCAAGUCUUGGACCUUUUCCAUUUAUAGGUACACUCAAUUCAAAAGGAUUUUUCUGUUAAAGUGAUAAAUAAUGCAAUAUGUAUGGUAGAUGUUUAUUGAUAUCUUGUAAAUGUAUUUAAAAUAUUGCUGGAAGUAGAUGUCAAUUCACUAUUACAUCUGAUUUUAUUAAAUUGCAAACUGAAUUAUUAACCUACUUAAAUACCUAAACUAUAUUUGAUCCAAAUUUUGUUGAAAUUAUUUAAUUGAUAUCAGAUACAACUUAUGCAGUCACAGAAAGCAACAUUAAAUCAUUUUAGUAAGCUCUUGAUAAAUAAAUAGCAUUACAUUUUGAUCUAAAAUACUUUACUGCCAUUGGAGCUAUUUCUAAAAACUUAUUUUAAUAAGAAAAUAUUGCUGCUUAGAAAUUAGCUAAUCUUGAUAAUUCAUUAUUUAAUGCAAUAUUAAAAUAAUCAGAAUCUAUUAUGAUUUCUGAAAUUUAAAAUACUGCAGGACCAUUUCAUAAAUAAAUAAUUGGAAAAUUUGAUUUAUUUAGUGAUGACUCAUAUUCCUCAUUUAAAUAUAAUUUUGUUAAAUCAUAUGGUACUUGUGAUAAUGAUAAAAAAUUAUUAAAUCCAUAAAUUUAUUUUACUGAAGAAAAUCUUGCAGAAAUAAAAAUACUAUAAUCAGAUGCAUAAACUCCUCUUAUUUUCAAUUAAAUGCAUCUUUACUAUUAAAAUCAUAGAUCAUCAGGUUAAACUAUAAAUUCUACUAUAUCUAGAAUUUAAUUAAUAAAAUCUGGAAAAAUAUUACCAGUAAGUGGAAUGAAUAUGGUUAUUGUUGUUCCAAAAAGUGAUUAAUAUUAUGCUGAUUUAAAUGAAAAUAAUGUUUGUGUAUAAUGGAAUGAAGAUAAAUAAAUUUGGGAAAAUACUAAAGCUACAUUAUUAAAAUGUAAAUAUUACACUGUUUGUUAAGUAAAUAAUUUAGGUGAUUUUGGUACUUAUGUUUAGAUUAUUAGAAAUGUUACUACUAAUUCAUCUAGUUUAUCUAGUAUCUUUGAAAUUCCAUAAGGAUUUAAAUUUGUGAAAACUGUCUAAAAUUGUGCUUUUGCUAUUUCAAUGACUUUAAUAGGAUUAUUUUUAUCAUUUCUUACAUUACUGUGCAUUUUAUAUAAAAGACCAAUUAAAAAAAAAAAGUCAAAGAAAUACUCUGAUAUAUAUGAAACUGUAUAAACUGGUAAUACUUUAGUUUAAAAUCCAAUAAAUUAAAUUAAAAUUAGAAAGAAAUCAAGAAACUUUUGGAGUGUUUAUCCAAUUAAUGCCAUUUUUACAGCAUCUUCUUUAGAAUUCUCAUUAUAAAAGUUAUCACUUUAUAUAAUCUAAAUUUAAAUGUAUGUAACAUUCACAUCUGUAUAUUUAUCAUCAUUACCAUUCAAAUUUGGAAUGUUAACUGCCUAUUAUUUAUUAGUAAUCAUAUAAACUUGGAUAUGUAAUUAUUUAUAUGGAGGAUUGGCCUUAGCAUUCAGAAAGAAAAGAAAAGGAAAAGUUUUGGGUUUCUAUUGGAUUUUAUGGAUAAUUUUAUUUUUUGGGAAUAUGAUAAUAGGAAUAUGGUAAAUGUAUGGAUUGGAAUUUAAGUUUGAUAUGUAUUUAUUGGUUGGUGUUUUAAUAGAAUUCAUCUUAGAUUCAAUAUUUUGUGAUUUAUUUUUAACAUACUUAUAUUAGAGCUUAUUUAUAGAUGAAGUAGUAGGAAUAUUUAAGAUAAUAAAGUUUAAAGGAUAUUAUGAAUAAUGA